UGCUUUCGCCACUUGAUGCCCGCCCACACAUUGACGUUCACACAUUCACACAGUCUCUCACACUCACAUUCCGCCGGUGACUCUCCGUGGACAUCGUCGUGGGUACAGGAAGGGACGUGUCUUUGGAUGCUAGGUGUUUAGCGAUGAUGUGAAGAGCUGAACGAGAGUCUGAAGCUCUCCUCUCAGGGAAAGUCAGCCAGCGCCUUUCUGUGAACACGGGCCUGUCUGGCAUCUCUCAUCCGCAUCAUUCCUGUUUUGCAUCCACCCUUCCCUCCCCACAUCAUGAAAGGCCUUUCGAGUAGCCGGAGUCACCAUCAUGUGGUGUCCUAUGAGCCAUCAUAUGAUCCGCUUGGUCAGCAUGUUGACCGCAAGCCAUACUUGAUUAGUCAGAUGGACAUGCCACUUCCUAUUGCUGUGCCACAUCCAAAUGAGCUGUCCUACUACAAUGUUCAGCGUACCUCAUACCCCUCUGACAAUACCAGCAUUGUCCCAUAUGGAACCUUUCCUAGACGAUGCCAUUCCACCUCCUCAUCUCACCAUCCUGAGGUAAAGGAUGAGUGUAUGGCCAUGAUACCGUAUGUAGGAGGAGGAGGAGGAGGAGGAGGUGGUGGAGGCUAUGGUGGUAAAACACCCACCCGGGUACCACCAAACUUUGCAGACUCGUUUGAGCAUCAGCCAUCAUUUUCCAGAGAUGGUUAUCAUACGCUCCAAUACAAACGAGGAAUGUUGGCCCAGAGUGGGGGCACGGGGUCCAACGCCAACAAUGACAGCCCAGGGAGGAUUCGCCAUCUGGUCCACUCAGUCCAGAAACUGUUCACCAAGUCACAUUCACUGGAAGGGCCACAUCACACACAGUCUGUCAAGGGGGCCAAUAAUGGGAGUGUUAAUGGUGGUGUUGGUGGUGGAGUAGGUGGUGGUGGUGGUUCAAGGGCAAGUCCAGAGGGUGACGCCCCACCGAUGGGAGGGCGCCAGAGGAAGCGCAGCAAGAGUCGUGAGCGCUGUCGAUCAGCGGAGCCCAAACAUCGAAGCCACCACCAUCAUCACCACCAGCUCCACGGCUCAGCAUCUGCUCCGGGCUCUGGAUAUUGGAGUUCAGAUGAUAACCUGGAACGGGAGCUGUGUCUCUACCACCCUCACCACCACCAACCACCACCCUCGCCUUCACCCUCCAUUUCCCCUUCGCCAAUAGCAUUGACAAUGGGUCGGUACCCUGUCAACAACCCUGACAAGUUCCCCCAGCCACAACAAUACUAUAUGAUGGACCCUUACGGCACAAUCAGUGAGCACCCACACACCCAUACACAUCAUGGCCACUCACACCACCAUUCUGCACUCAAAGCCUCCCGGAGCAACAACGAUGUGAAGUACGCAGCGCCAUCCUCCUGUGUGCCAGUUAGUGGUAGCAGCAAUAACAUCGGUGGCGGUAUCGGUGGAGGAAGUGGUCCCAUGCUGUCUCUGGGUCUGGUGGACGCGCCCGUCGUGAAGAAAGGGGCAUGGUCGUCGAGCUUAACGGUGAGCAGGGCCCGAGAGGUCUACACCAACAACAGCAGCCACAACCAACUCAGAGCCAGCGCAGGAUCCGCUAACCUAAACCUAGAUAGAGUUCUAGUCAAACCUAGGGGCAGUCAGCAACAGGAGCGCACUUGCCAUUUCCUACAGGUACCUCAGGAUGAGUGGAGCGGUUUCUCUCCUUUGGGGAAGGAGGAUGACAUUCCAUGUCGAAGGAUGAGGAGCGGCAGUUAUGUAAAAGCAAUGGCUGAGGAUGACAGCGGAGACUCAGACGGGAGUCCCAAACCUUCCCCCAAGAUGCAGGCACGACGUGCCAGCUACUUGAAAGCCACCCAGCCAUCACUGACUGAGAUGACCACUCUACAGAUUUCAUCAGAACAUUCCCCAAAGCUACAGAUCAGGAGCCACAGCUACCUGCGUGCGGUGAGUGAGGUUUCAAUCAAUCGAAGCCUGGACACCCUGGACCCCAAAACCCUUCUCGACCCCAAAUCGUUGCUGUCCUCACCCCAAUACCGCUCACGCAAUGAAAGCUACAUGAGGGCCAUGAGCACCAUCAGUCAGUUGAGUGAAUUGGAGGUGAAUGGGCAGAUUGAGCAGGUUUGUGAGCAGGUCUACAGCGAAAUGCAGGCUCAGGCCAUGGAGGCUGCUAUGGACAGGAUGGACAGACUGGACAGGAUGGAUAGGAUGGACAGGAUGGAUACCAUGGAUACGUUGCCCAUGCCAGGAUGUUUCCGAAUGAGGAGCCACAGUUAUGUAAGAGCUAUUGAUCAGGGCUGUGCUGGGGAGGAAGAAGGAGAAGGAGGAAGACCUUUGCUUCUGUUGCCAUCCUCUCCACCACGCACAUCUGCCACGACUGUCAGGACCAUCCAGAGCAGCACAGUUUCAUCUUGUAUCACAACAUAUAAGAAAACUCCUCCACCAGUGCCACCGCGAACCUCCACCUGCUCAACAGCCUCUAAGCCCUACAUCUCUAUUACAGCACAGAGCAGCACAGAGUCCGCACAGGAUGCAUACAUGGAAGAAGAAGGACCAAGAGGUGACAUGACUAUCCAAUCCGGACUCAGUAACUCAACUGAAAGCAUUGACAGCAUGAAGGCUUUGACUGCUGCCAUCGAGGCUGCCAACGCACAGAUUCAUGGACCAGCCAGUCAGCAUGUCAGUAACAGCACUGUGACAAUCAACACCCCUGUACCCCCAGUCUUUAGAGGUCUGAUUGUUGAAGACCACCAUGAUGACUACAGGAAAGAGGCACUCAGGAAGGGCACAUGUCUCUCCAUAGGUAUCCAGGUGGAUGGACCAGAAGAAAUUCUGGACCCAGAGGAUCCAUCUAAGUUCACCUCGGUUGGUGUGCAAGUGGAGGAUGACAGAAGGUAUCGUCGCUUCCAACGCUCCAACAGUGUGACAACAGCUGUACAAGCAGAUUUGGACAUGCCGGGCCUGCUUGACACCCCUCUUGACUCCUCUGACACGGACUUAGAAAUCCUGUCAUCUGGUGUACUUUCUCGUCAAUACUCCCGCGAUGCUGCUUCCUCAACUGUCAGCAUCCAGGGCUCAGGGAACCACUACCACGCCUGUGCCUCUGAUGAGUACGAGGAUGUGGGCUUUGAUCCAUCCAUUCUUCCCCCUCCAGACCCUUGGAUAGAUAGUGUCAGUGAUGAGCCACCUGAUGUCAGCUUCAACAGCUCAGCUAUCUUAGAUGUGGUGCAGAGGUCAGUCUGUCAGCGUGAUGGCCGAUGGUUCCUAAAACUGCUGCAGGCUGAGACUGACCGCAUGGAGGGCUGGUGUCAGCAAAUGGAGAUGGACGAACAACGUAAUGACAUUCCUGAGGACGUUCUGGGGAAGAUGAGGAGUGCCAUAGGAAGUGCUCAGCUGUUGAUGUCCCAAAAGUUUCAGCAGUUUAGGGAACUAUGUGAGGAGAACUUGAACCCCCAUGCCCACCCUCGUCCUGUAGCCUCUGACCUGGCUGGUUUUUGGGAUAUGCUUCAGUUGUCCAUUGAGAACAUUAGCCUCAAGUUUGAUGAGCUUCACCAACUUAGAGCCAACAACUGGAGACCCUUAGACCCACCUGAAAGAAAGUGAAGGCGCUUGCAAACAGCCACGCAUCAAUCACCACAAGAAACACCACAAGGCCUUAACCUCUCUGGGCCUCCCUUGAUCCAUCAUGUCUGUCCAUCCAUCCAUCUAACCACAGUUCUCUCUGCCCUUCCUUCCUUUCUUCUGACAUUCUCUUGCCUCACCAUGUGUGGCUUUCUGUUCUGUGCGUUUUGGCAGUUAGUGUCAAGGUCAAUGGAUACAGGAGGUUUUGGCUAUUUGUUUUUCAAUUAUUAAUCAAUGCAUGCAGAAACGUUUGUUGAUAAGCUCAGUCAGUCAGUACUACAUUUGAAUUUAUUCAUACAACAUUAAAAUAGGUAUAAGUGUUUAUCAAAAACAAGACAAACUGUGCUAAGAUAUUAGACACCAUUCCAAAAAGCUCUGCUUCAAAAAUAGCAAUAAUUCAGUUUGUUGGGGGGGAAAAAUGCCAUAAAGGAUUGUAAAAUUCCUCUUAAUUAUUUAUUACCUCUUACCUAAAAUCCCCAAACCUGCAACUGUCAUGUUCUCAGCACCCUUCACAAGUAGUGCAUGUCUACUUCUUGAAAUGUUCUUCCCUCCCUUCCUUGCCACCCUCUCCCACUAGGAGAGACGGCUUCCGCCUCCAGUACCAAAAAAGCCACCCAAGGCCCCGCUCCACCACCCACCUCUGGCCAGAGAUCGCUCAUUGGAGAGUUCAG